GAUGUUGGCAGCACUGUCCGUUCUUCGCGAAAUGCACGCAUUGGGACGCUCGAAUUUAGAAUGUUCCUUGAAAAUCUACGUUGAAUUAAAUAAAACUUUGUUAGUGAGUGAUAAGUUUUGUGAUUUCUCUACCGAAAAAUUGUAUUUAAGUUCGUGUUCAGUGAGUAUAAGUGACUGUUUUGGCUGACCAACAAAGUUAACAGAAGUGCGUCGAAAGUUGAAACAUGGUGCCGCUAGGACCCGGGCCAGGCCAUCCUACCGCACACCAGACUCACGGCGGCCCAUCUACUAACUUAUCUGGUUCGAAUUCGUUAUCACAAAGUUCUUCGCAGUCAAAUAAGUCAUCAGUAGCGAAGCCGAACUACACAUUAAAGUUUACUCUUGCGGGGCACACGAAGGCUGUGUCGUCCGUUAAAUUCAGUCCAAAUGGAGAAUGGCUUGCGAGCUCCUCUGCUGAUAAACUCAUUAAAGUGUGGGGCGCUUAUGAUGGCAAAUUCGAGAAGACCAUAUCCGGACACAAGAUGGGCAUCAGUGACGUUGCAUGGUCCUCGGACAGCAGGCUGAUUGUUAGUGCUAGUGAUGACAAAACUUUGAAGGUCUGGGAGUUAAGUUCGGGCAAAUGUUUGAAAACUCUGAAGGGUCAUAGUAAUUAUGUGUUUUGUUGCAAUUUCAACCCACAAAGUAAUCUUAUAGUUUCCGGAAGCUUUGACGAGAGUGUCCGAAUAUGGGAUGUAAGAACAGGCAAAUGCUUAAAAACGUUACCAGCACAUUCAGACCCAGUGUCUGCGGUGCAUUUCAAUAGAGAUGGAAGUCUUAUUGUAUCUUCAAGUUAUGACGGCUUAUGUCGAAUUUGGGACACUGCAUCUGGACAAUGCCUUAAAACAUUAAUUGACGACGACAACCCACCUGUGUCCUUUGUGAAGUUCUCACCCAACGGCAAAUACAUCCUGGCAGCAACACUUGACAACACCCUCAAGCUAUGGGACUACAGUAGAGGCAAAUGUCUCAAGACAUACACGGGGCAUAAAAAUGAAAAAUACUGCAUCUUCGCCAACUUCAGUGUGACUGGUGGAAAGUGGAUAGUAUCUGGCUCUGAGGACAACCUGGUGUACAUAUGGAACCUGCAGUCAAAGGAGAUAGUGCAGCGACUCUCCGGCCACACCGACACAGUGCUGUGCACAGCUUGCCAUCCCACCGAGAACAUCAUCGCCUCAGCAGCGCUAGAGAACGACAAAACCAUAAAGCUUUGGAAAAGUGACACGUAAUACUAAAUGAUACUCGCAAAUAUGGCGUUUUACAAAAAAAAAAUACGGCUCCAUAUUGUGAGCCCCGCCUUUGGCUUGUGAAUAGUUUUACUUAAGGUUUACUAGUUAUAUGUAACAGACAGACAGUUAGAUGGUAUGCUAUUUCAUAUCUACAUCUACAUACUAUAUUAUAUAAAUUAGUCAAAUCACUCGGAUGUGUGAAUUUUUUUUUCAUUUGUUAUUAAGAUAUAACAUAUUUUUGUAUGUGGCGUACAAGUGUGAAGGAGGAUGUCAUUUUAGCCAUUAUUAGUUUCUAAUAUUAUAUUGUGUUAUAAGGAUCCUUAAAAAUUAAGAAAGCUUAAAAAUAAAUUUGUUGGAUGAAAUAAAAAAUUUAGCAGGUU